AUGAAAUAUUUUAUUGAAGCAUUUGAAGAAGAGUUUGGUACAGGUGUAGCAGUUAGAGCAAGAGUAACAGAUAGAGAAGUAGCGUUGGAUUGGUCAUACCGAAGUUUACUGUCUGUGGUUGAAUACAACACCGUAUUCUUAAACAUCUGUUUGAACAGGGCAAUGAACACAUGCAGAAAGCAAGGAUACUGUAUCUUUGAAUCACAUUCGAAAAUAGGAGGUUGCACUUGGCCAUAUAGCUUACCAUUGACUUCUCCACCAAGAUCCUUCAAUGCUUUCGGUGAAAAGACUGUCAUCGUGACCAACUAUCUUACUACCUGGAGGUUCAAGUUUGAACUUGACAUCGCCAACCUCUACAUUUGA